GGCUUCCCGUCCCCCCGCGGCUCACGACUCCUCCAGCCAAGCACCCCAGCCUCCAGAGGGGAGACAAGCGGAAAAAAACUUCUCUUCCCCCUGCCUCCCCCACACAAAACUGCGUACGAUCUUGUAAAUUGCCUGGGAGUUACCAGCGCCGCAAAGGUUUUUACUCCCUCACGAAACCGCACGCGCGCGCGGGCAACGAACAGAGCAGAGCAUUCCUCUGUUUCGGCGGCUAUGACGUUCUGCGAAGGAGACGCCACCGUGGCGUGCCGGGAUGACGCGCAGCACCCCGAUGGGGAUGCGGGCUGCGUCAUCAUCGCCCCCUUGCUCGCCAAAGCGGGGGAGGUCGUCAUCCAGGUGCCCGCUGACGAGGCGGCGGCGGUGCCGGUGCUCACGAGCAAGCCGCCCGGGCGGUUCGCCAAGGCGGUGAAGGAAGCCUGGUCUGUUUCUUUGGGCGUCGCGUUCCCGAAGACGCCAUCGGUGUCGACCAGCGCGGCUCGGGAGGAGGCGCGGUCCAUUCUUGGCCUCGCAUUCCCGAUGAUCCUGACCGGGCUCCUUCUCUACCUCCGGUCGAUGAUUUCGAUGCUCUUCCUCGGUCGUCUCGGCGGGCUGGCCCUUGCUGGCGGGUCCCUCGCCAUCGGCUUUGCCAACAUCACCGGCUACUCUGUUCUCUCCGGCCUGGCCAUGGGCAUGGAGCCGAUAUGCGGGCAGGCAUUCGGCGCGGGCAAUUACUUCCUCCUUGGCAUCACCAUGCAGAGGACGGUGCUCCUCCUCGUCGCGGCCGCCGUCCCCAUUGGUGGCCUGUGGGUGAACAUGCGGCCUCUCCUCCUCCUCUGCGGCCAGGACGCUGGCAUAGCUGCGGUCGCUGAGACCUACAUUCUCGCCUCGCUCCCUGACCUCGUCCUCCAGGCAUUUCUCCACCCUGUGCGGAUAUACCUCCGGACGCAGUCUAUCAACCUACCGCUCACGGUCUGCGCCACGCUCGCUAUUGCCAUCCACCUGCCCAUCAACUAUGUGCUCGUCACCGUCCUCGGCCUCGGCAUCAAGGGGGUGGCAUUCGCCUCCGUGCUGGCGAACUUGAACCUUCUCCUCUUGCUCCUCGCUUACAUCUUCUUCAAAGGCGUCCACAAGCGCACCGGCGGCUUCGUCCUCUCCGGCGAGAGCUUGCGGGGCUGGGCCGAGCUCAUUAGCCUCGCCCUGCCGAGCUGCAUCAGCGUCUGUCUCGAGUGGUGGUGGUACGAGAUCAUGAUCCUGCUGUGCGGCCUGCUUCUGAACCCGCAGGCUACGGUGGCGUCCAUGGGCAUCCUGAUCCAGACCACAUCGCUCAUAUACAUCUUCCCCUCGUCGCUCAGCUUCGGCGUGUCCACCCGCGUCAGCAACGAGCUCGGCGCGGGCCAGCCCGAGGAGGCGAGCCGCGCCGCCACGGUGGGGCUCAUGAUCGGGUUCGCGUUCGGCGCCUUCGCCUCCGCGUUCGCUUUCCUUGUGCGGAACGUGUGGGCGAGCAUGUUCACGGCCGACCCCGCGAUCAUCGCGCUCACCGCGUCGGUGCUGCCGAUUCUGGGCCUGUGCGAGCUCGGUAACUGCCCACAGACGACCGGGUGCGGCGUGCUGCGCGGAAGCGCCAGGCCCAAGGACGCCGCCAGCAUCAACCUCCGGUCGUUCUACCUCGUGGGGACGCCGGUGGCGCUGGUCCUGGCGUUCUGGCUCCACUAUGACUUCAAGGGCCUGUGGUUCGGCCUCCUCGCGGCGCAGGCCACCUGCAUGGUGCGCAUGCUUCUAGUCAUCGCCCAGACGGACUGGACCGGCGAGGCCAAACGCUCUAGGCAGCUCACCGGCGCAGGCGCCGUCACCAAGGACAGCAACGACAAAGCUGCCGCGGACGGCGGAGACGAGAAGUCGCGCUUGCUUAUCGACACGGACAUCGAGCAACCGCAUGGUCACAGUGUUCGGUGUUGAUAGCUACAUCGCGAGCCGCGUGUGUACUGUACUGUAUGCUUUUCCCCUCAUUUUUUCCAAUAUUUUGGCCGCGGGGGGGGGGGGGGGGGAUCAGAGGCUGACUGAGUGACAAUUUUGUUCACCAUUUGCUAAUUAGCAUGUAAAGAUUUUUGCUGAUUGUUGUCACAGAGACGGAAAAAUAUCUAGUACUAAUAUGAAAGAACUUAUCGGACAUUUCUCAAAAGAAAAAAAGGAUAACUUUUCAGAAAGCGAAACAAACCGUUCACGGCUUUCGCUGCAGCUCGCUCCGGCCUCCGUCAGGGUCAGUGUCUGGUCCAGGGAAGCCAGCCGUGCCGCGUGACGACCGAGUCACCGGCACGGGCUAACCAGUAACACCGGGUCCAAGUCGCGUGGCUUCUCCCAACCAUGCGUCCAGGGGGACGUCGGCUCGGGCGUAAAGUGACCUCCUUCCUCUCGUGCAAUUGUGGAAAGGUAAUCAAAUUGUAGCACGUGAUUUCCGUAAUAAGACCGCAGUCUGACUAGUAAGACACAUGCGUUAUCAUAACGUAGAAGAGUGAGAUUUUGUUCAACGACAGCUCUGGUAAGGAAUCUUGCGAAUGAACCCUCUUAGCGCGCAACACUUUCACAACCAUUGGCUGAGGCCGCAAGGAUGAAUGCAGGGAGUAAUCGGUGAUUGCUCGAGAGAGGUGACGCAUGAAUGAAUCAAGUAGGUGCAGAGGACAACCGGUGGUUCCCAAAUCAUAAAUCUGUAAACGUGAAGCUAGUUCAGCACUGGCAGGCCCGUGAGAAGAAAGAUUCGUCCUCUGCUUCCGGCAAUUGGUUCCAGGCCGGCAGGGGCAGGGCAGGCAGGCGCGCGAGUCCAUGUGGAUCCACCUGCAGCGCGCAUGAUUAGACCCGGCCGGAAGUGCACAGAGAUUCCAGUGGCUCGGCUCGCGUGUGCGACGGAUGGCAUCGGCAUCGGCAUCGGCGGCACCGGCACUCGGCAUUAAAAAAGACUUGCCCGCUCAAUUCCACUCCUUGGAGCCUCGAGAAGAUGGCACAAUUUCGAGGCCACCAAAAGCCAGCCCUAGUCAUCAUAAAGUAGUAGUACAGAUUGCUAAAAUUAUUGUUUCGAAAUAAACUAGUAAAAUCAUAGUACUGCUUCUGUUCACGACAUGUCAGAGUUCCGAUUGAGAGAGAUGGCCGUCGUACGUGCAUUGGUUGGUGUAUGUUGCACUCCCGCCCAAUCACACCUCGCAGCUCGCGUGGAAGGAAUCAUCUCCCGUUCGAGUCAACCGUUCAUCGCCAUGGAUCCAAGAAUCUGAGACGAAGCGGCAGCUAGCGCAUCACUUGAUCAGCCAAUCUGCCAAUGGGUCGGCUCGACCCGUAUGGUGCAGUAGGAGUCAAUGAUUGAUUCCAGUUGGGUCAUUACAAUAUACUAGUAUCAAGUUCGUGUCCCAUGGUACUUGGGCGAGCCCUAGAGGUGUCUCCAAUGAACUAGCAAUGCUCAUCUUUCGAGACAAAUCACAGCUAGCUCGUCUCUUGCUUGCCAUGGCUGGACACAUGAAUGCUGCAUCCCAUUGGGCUGAUAUGUCAAGUGCCUAGGAUUGAUUACUCUUUAGUUUGCGGCCUUUGCUCUGUCUGUCAACUUUAGAGUCAAUUGUUAAUAAUCGUGCUUCCGUGA